AUGUUAGCCCCGUUCAAAGUUGCCAUUGCAAAAGUUGUGAGUGAGGCUGCCUCCAUUCCAGAGGAUUUUGCCGAGAAGAGUGUCGAACUUUGUAAAAAGAAGGAGUCGGGUGAUUUCUCGGUCCCAAUUCCACGUAUUAUCAGACAAAUGACAACACAAGAGAAGAACCCAAGCAAAGUAGCUGAGGAACUUGCCAAGAAGAUAGCUCCAAACGACUUUAUCAGCAAAGUGACUGUCACAGGUCCAUUCAUCAACUUUUCUAUCAACAAAUCUGCACUUGCAAAGACAAUCAUUUCUCAAGUCUUUAACGAGAAAGAGCAUUUUGGAGGGUCAAAGAUGGGAGAUGGCCAAAAGGUUGUUGUCGAGUUUUCAUCACCCAAUAUUGCUAAGCCAUUCCAUGCGGGUCAUUUAAGAUCAACCAUCAUCGGAAACUUCAUUGCGAACGUCCAUAGAUUAUUAGGGUUUGAUGUCAUCUCUAUGAAUUGGCUUGGAGACUGGGGAAGUCAAUUUGGACUUCUUGCUAUCGGUUUUGAGAAGUACGGAAGCCAAGAAGAACUCGAGAAGAACCCAAUUAGACAUUUAUAUGAUGUCUACGUCAAAAUCAAUGCAGAUAAGAAGGCCGACGAUAACGUCCGAGCACAGGGAAAAGACUUUUUCAAACACAUGGAACAAGGUGACGAGGAGUAUCUUGCAAAGUGGAAACUCUUCAAGAAAUUGUCACUCGAAGAGCUUAAAAGAGUCUAUAAAAGACUCAACGUCACUUUUGAUGUGUUCACAGGAGAGUCUGAGACUGACUGGGCUUUGGUGGAUGAGACUGUUAAAGAACUUGAAGUUAAAGGAAUAUCUAAGAUGGACAAAGGAUGUUUGGUCGUCGAUUUAGAGAAGUACAAAUUGGGUGUUGCUUUAUUGAAGAAAGACGAUGGGUCUACGUUGUAUUUGACUCGUGAUAUUGCCUCAGCCAUUAAGAGAUAUCGCACUUAUAACUUCUCCAAGAGUUAUUAUGUUGUUGCAUCACAACAGAACCUUCACUUCAAACAAUUGUUCAAGAUCCUUGAGCUUCUUGGCUAUUCUUGGGCUAAGAAUUGUUAUCACAUUUCAUUUGGUAUGGUGAUGGGUAUGUCCACCAGACGAGGAACAGCCGUUUUCUUGCAAGACAUAUUGGAUGACGCUUCUGCUACAAUGUUAGAAACAAUGCAAAAGAACACUGACAAACUCAGUGAGAUUAAAACCGAGGAUCAAGCUGCCAUUGCUGAUAAAAUCGGUGUCUCUGCAGUCUUUGUCCAGGAUUAUAACGCUAAAAGAAUUAAAGACUACCAAUACAAUAGAGAAAGAAUGACAUCAUUUGAAGGAUAUACCGGACCCUAUUUGCAAUACGCACACGCACGUUGUUGUGGUGUUGAGAGAAAGGCUGGUCUUCCAAUCCCAACCCUUGAUGAGGUCGACUUCACAUUACUUAACGAACCAGAGGCUGAAGCACUUGUGUUGGCUAUUGCAAAGUACGGAGACGUCAUUAUGAACACUUACAACAACCUCGAGCCAAACACACUUGUCACUUACUUGUUCGAAUUGUCACACGUCAUCGCAAGCGCACACUCGGUUUUGAGAGUCAAAGGUUCAGAAGAAAAGCUUGCUAAAUCCAGAUUGAUGCUUCUUCACUGUGCUCGAGUAGUACUUGGCAAUGGGUUGAGAUUGCUUGGGUUGGAGCCUUUAGAAAAGAUGUAA